AUGGAAGACGCCAACGAUAUUAUAAAAGAAAUUAUAUACAGGUCCGCUGACGAGUGCAACUACAACAAUGAGGAGCUGAACUUCCCGACCAUCAUGAAACAGUACUAUGACGUGACGCGCAAGUACAGCACAACGAAGCAGCUCUCGGGGGAAAUCCUUAACAAGCUAGUAAUUAUCUGUAAAAAUAUAAUAGAGGAAAAAGUUGCGUCUGAGUACCCCCUGAGGGUGCACCACGAGGAGGAAGAAGAUGUCGAACAGGAUGCCCAGGAAGGAGAAGACGCACAUGACAUGGCGUUAGAGGAUAGCAGUCCCCUCAGCAUGCAGGAUGUCUUUUCCCCUUCACAAGAUGUGUUCCAUUACAAACAGUACGAUCAGUACGAUCAAUAUGAACAGUGUGAACGUUACGACUGCUUACCUCCCGGGGGGGAAUCCGUCGAGGUGUGCCGUGUGCGGCCCGGGCGGGCGCACACCCCCCGUGAGGAAGACACCCCCUACAGGGAAAACAUCCCGUAUGAGGAGUGCUUCCCCUACGGGCCACUCAAAAUGACCACCCUGAGGAGGAAGGGACCCACCGAGGAGACCACGCACAUAUGCGAAGUGAGUCCACCGAGAAAAUUGAGCAUCGUGCCGCUGGCGGGUAAGCAGACAGGAAGGAACAGCGCCACGAAGGCAAGAACAACAAAAGGCGGAACAACGCAGAACAAACUCAAGGGCAAUCCGAUGAGCAACGUGAUGAGUUUGUGCAACGUAGGCCCCCGAAGCAAUACCGACCCGAAGCAAAACGAAAAGUCAUUCAUGCAUAAAAAUAACCGAAAUUUGCUGAAAAUUUAUUUAAAUGGAGAAUUAUUGUGUAACAUAUAUGACAAGCUUAGCAAGAAAGUCGGGUGGGGGAUCGGCAGUGGUGACAUGGAGACGACGAGUGUUCAGAAGAAGGUGAAGUUAUACAAUGAGGGGAACGUGUUCUUUACAUUCAAGACGCUAAAGAAGUUUCAAAGGCACUGGGUCUGCUACGCGAGGAAGAAAAAGGAGCUGAGGAACAGAGCCGCCAAGCAUGACAGAAUAUACACCAGGAAGAUAUUGGCCAAAUUCUACGACCUGUGGCUCUAUCGAAAUGAGAAAAAAAUAUACAUCAAAGGAGUGUUCGAAAAAAUGGUGGAAAAGAGGAAGAAGAACCUCCUCCGGAAGCAGUACAAUGUAUGGAUGUGCAAAUAUAAAAAGAGAAAAAAAAAAAAUUUUAUUUACCUUGUUCAUAUCUUUAGUGAGUGGAGAACCUACGCACAGAAGGAGAAGACGCUAAAGAGGGCAAAGCAAAAAGAACGAUAUAGAAGGAAGUUAGUGAAAAAAAAAAAAAACGAGCAAAUACAAAGUGUCUACAAUAAAAAUUUGCUGAUCAAGUGUUACGUGCAUUUUUCCUUGUACCAUAAGAAGAGAAAGAGGGAGAGACAAUCCUUCCGUCUGGUUAGUCUACACACAAAGGAGAAGUUGUGUCACAUUUACUUCUCCCUCCUGGUUAGUCGAUACAAGGAAGAAGUGCAGUUUAAGAACUACUACUCGAGGUACCUUAAAAAGGUUAAGAAAUACCAUUUAAGGAAAUUUUUUACCAUCUUCAGAGGAUAUGUCCAAAGGAGGAAGAACCUAAAAAGGACGCACAACUUGCUAUCACGACAAACUACUACAAACACGCUUAGUGUAUACUUUAACAGAUGGGUUUUUACCCUACACGAGGCGAGAAGAAUCACCACCAUGCUGAGCAGGCACCUUGAGAGAAGGUCCCAUUCUUUGCAAAAAAAAUUUCUACAAAUUCUGAGAAGACACAAGGAUAGAUCGUUCAGUCUGAAGAAGAGGUUUCUAAUCCUUUAUGAGAAAAGGAACCAACUGGAACUGCUUCGUACGUUCCAGCAGUGGAAGAAGCGCUACACCAUCAAUGCCACGCAGUACAUCCUCCUGCACAGUAAAUAUAAGUAUAAGCUUAUCAUUCGAUGUUUCGCUCUCCUACGGGAUUAUAAGGACUACAGGAAGAGGAGAAAGGAUUCCAUUCAACGGAUGCAUAGCUACUUUGUUAACCGGGUGAAGAAGCGAACCGUCUCCAAAUGGAUGCACUAUGUGCGCGUCUACAGGAGGGACAUCCUUCAUUACUACAAUUUUAACGACCAAGGGAAUUUCUUCCUCCUCUUUAUGUUAAAGGCUCUUUUGCAGUGUCGCUUACUCUCUCCAGAAAGCAACGGAAAAACUCUCCUCGAUAUUGUGAAUUUUUCGAAUAUAAAUUUUAAUCUAAAUAAUUUUGUCUUCAUCCAUAAGAAGUACCUCGUGGGGAAGGGUCUCCUUCCGAACGUGGGCACUCUAUACGACAACGCGAUGUUCGUUUACAGGUCUCUUAAUAUUAUUUCCUCCUUCGUGCCCAUCCCCUUCGCCGUCAGCCUGCGCAAGCUGCGCCAUAAUUUACCCUACCUCUGCUUCGCGCUGAAGAUGGCAAUUUACAAACGCGUGGUGGACACCUGGCGUAACGAAUGCAUGCGCAUCAAGCGGUUCAGGGCGGAGUGCAGGAAGAAGCUCCAAAGGGGUUGUCUUUCCCGCUUAAACAAUCUCGUGAAGAAGAAGAAGGCCCUCCAGGAGGCGAAAAAAAAGUACGACCAGGAAAGGAAGGUCCAGAUAAAGAGCAAAGUCUUUUCCACCUGGCUGUCCCUCCGAAUGAAGUACUACACCUUCCGGAAAAGGUUCCAAAGUUUUGGCCUCCGAAAUAGGGAAAAAAAAAUGAAAAAAAUUAUACAAGGCUGGAUAACUAUAAGCAGGGAAAAGAGGGAAAAAAAAAAAAAAAUUCUGCUCUUCUUCAAGUCGGUACUGAUGAGAAAGAAGAAGAAGCAUUUCGACUGUCUACUCCAGCAUGUACACAGAAGGAGGAAAAAAAAAGUGAAGGAAAAAAUUGCCAAUCUGUACUACAUGCGCAAGUAUAAGAGCAGGGCCUUCAAGGCUCUCUUCCUAUACUCCAAGAACCUUCUUUUCUUUAAUGCACUGAAUAGAAUUGCAGAAUCGUACCUAAAGCAGAUGUGCGUUCGAAGGUGGAGGCAGUUCACUAAGGCAUUCCUGGACAGGCGCCAGGAAAUGAGGGCCGCCUUAGGCCAGCUGGACUUGAAAGUGAAGCGCCGCUUUUUCAAUAUUUUCUUCAUCUACGUGCGGUUGCGGCGUAUGAGGCGCAGCAAGAUCGCCCAUUUGAAGCGCGUCCAGGCGAAACUGCUCUCGAAGAAGUUCCUAAACAAGUGGAAGAGCUACGUCCAGAUAAGGAGGAACAAGGAGGUGUUUCUCUCCAACAUGAUAAGCCUCUUCAACAGGAAGAAGAAGCUGCAAGUCAUUAGCAAGUGGUACACGCGGUUCCAGCUGAACGUGCGUUUUAAGGAGACGGAAAGAAUCCUGUCGAGCAAGGUCUGCCUGGUUUACUUCGCGGGUCUACUCCUCUACAGUCAGAAGAUGAAGCGGGUGGAGCUUUUCCUGAGGAGCCGCACCAACGUGGUGACCUGCCAGAGGAUGCUGAAAAAAUGGAGGAGACAAACCAAACUUGAAAUAAAGAAAAAAAAAAUAAUAGAAAGAAGAGUAGCAGCGAUGAAGUGCAAGUACUACACAGAGUGGAAGAAACAGUACCAAAAAGUAAGGGGGAAAAAAAAAGAGGAAAUUAUAAUACAAUCAAUUAGGCAUAUAGGAAAUAUUAACACGUUAAGAAAGGUGACCCACCUGUGGAGGAUAAAAUCCGAACAGUCUAGGAACAUUAAGCGUCUUAUCCAUGCAACCUACUCCUUUGUCAUUAGAAAAUGCAUGAGUGAAGCGUUUGUUGCAGUGUACAGAUGUAGCCACUACUACGUCCACAUACAAGUGACGCUUACCAACUUUUUAGUAGACAAGAAAGAAAAAAUGAAAAGAAAAAUCUGGGGCAUUUUAAAACGUAAUCGUAGCAACCGAGUUAGGAACAGGAAGGCUACACAAUUCCUCUGUUCGGUCCUAAAAGUGAGGGCUUUCUCAGCAUUACAACAGCACUGGAAGAGGGAAUGUGCAUUCAGGAGGGGAUUCCAGCUGGUCACCCUGAACCGGAAAAAGAAGUACUUCAACGCCAUGCUCCACUUUUUUGAGUUUAUCAAAAAGGCUAAAUUCAGUUUUUAUUCCAUUAGGCUUAAUGGGGAGAGUAGAUUGCGGCGCCAUUUCUUCCUCAUCUGGAUGGCCUUCCUGAAAAAGCGCAAGCAGGAGAGGAAGAUCGCCCGCAUAAUACAGAGACAAAAAGCGAACAGAAUAAAGGGGGCCAUAUUUUUUCAAAUUAAGAGAAGACUCAACAGGAAGAGGUACCUCAUGCUUCUGCUACGCAGGAUGGAUGACCUGAUCAGAAUGAAGAUGUACCAACAGGGCGUUUACAAAAUGAGGGCCUACAGGAAAAUCAUGAUCAUACGAGAGAAAAUCCUAUCCAAGCUGCAAAAAGACAGACAUGAGAAAACGCUGAGGAAAGUCUUCCAAUCGUUCAAGGACAGACUAGCCAAAAGGAGAAGAACUCAAGUAGAAAAGGACUUGAUCAGCGGUUUCUACUCCAAAUUGGUGAAGAAGAAAUAUUUUCGUUUUAUUUGUCAGAGGUCACGCGAUUUGUCCAUAAGGAGGGAUGCAGUCCUGCGCAGAGCGGAUGCGAACCUCGUGUUGCACUGUAGGAAGAGACACUUCCUCUCGUGGAAGGCUCUUGUAAAAAGGAAAAGACUCCACAAGGAGCUUUACAAUGAGGUCAAGUUACGGAAGAAAGCUCGUGUCUUCAUUAUGAUGCUACUGGUUAGGGCUCAAAAUUGUUACAAUAAGGUCUCUCUAGUGCACAGGAUACACGCGCUGGUUUACUCCCCUCGGUGUAGCAUCCCCGCAUUUGAGGAGGUCCUCGAUUUUGGGCGCGCCAGCCUGAGGGUGGACCACAAAGGAAACUAUCCUGCUAGUUACAAUGGAAGAGAUGCAUCCGAGUUGAACUUCACAUGGCAAGGAAGUGGAGGAGUUAAUGGAACGGGUGAAAACAUCGCUCAUGACGUAACCACGGCAGAGCGACCAACCAGCUGGAACACACACCAACAAGUUAACGCACUCAUCGCAAUGAAUCGAAUGCAUAUACAGAUUGCAGGCAAAGAAAAGAAAAACUAUCCCUCCAAGGAAAAACGAUCCAGCAGAAAGAACAGCCAUCUUUACAACUACCAAAAACUAUGCUACUCUCUAAAGAACACCCCCAUGAACAGACUAAUCCUUUUGUACCUUCUCAUGUGCGACCUGCACGACAUCAAUGCCUUUUUCGACCACUUCAAGAAGAAGUUCAAUUUGUUGUACCACUUUUUUUUCAAUUUCCUCUCCCUCAAAACGAAGAAGUUGCUAUUGAAGGUUUUCAAAGGGAAUAGAAGUUUUUGUUUUUUCAAAGCUGUUCAUACAAAGGAUGCAGAUUUAAAUACAAACUUUAAACUGUUGCUGCUGAUUUAUUAUCUGCUCGGGGGAUCUGUGCCAUCCGCAGGUGGUUCACACGAAAGUAGGGCUCUCCAUAUUUACGCAACUACGCGUGCCUUCCUCGGGGGGACGCAUAAACGGGUGGAAUCGGACACGACAGAGAAGGAUGUCAAAGCGUCCAAUUUGGCCAACACUUUACACACUGCAGACGAGAAAUGCGCUAAUGGGGGAGGUAGAUCCUCCACUCCAAGCAGCAGCGAGGUAGACACGUCCCUCUCCUCGCAGAGCUCUCAAAAUGGAGCCGCCUCCAUAGGAAUGAACACUUCCAUGAAGCGUACCCCCCAGAUGAGACGCCUACCGAGCGGCGCCCUGCAAAGGAACCUGGUAGAUUUUGUUAAAGCAUUAAGAAGUGGCAUAGCAACCCGUUUUAGGGAAACCACCCUGAGUGUGCACUUCUCCCUAAUGUGUUGCUUAGGUAGAGACAAACUAAUACAAGUGCACCUCUUCUUUAGCAGACUGAAGAGGUCCACGCAGUGGUGGAAACGGUACAGUCUAGUAAAGAGCCAACAUAAGAAGGAGGACAGCAAAAGAGUAGCCACUUUAGAGAAAAAAAAAAACAGCGAACUAUUGGAAAAAUUUUUUGGCAUAUGGGUCCUCUCCUUCAACUGCAAGGUGAAAGAAGUAAAGACUAAAAGGAAGCAAGUUCUGAAGAAGCACAUCCAAUUGUUGUUUUCCUACUGGCAUGGGCUAAUCAAAGUGGGAAACUACGACAAGGAGAAAUUUCUUAAACUUAAGGAGCAAGUCGAGAGGAGGGUGAAGAAGGACUAUCUGGACAGGUUCAUAUCUGCGCAUGUUAGGAAAAAGUGUGAGAAAAGGAACUUUUCCAUUGUAAUGAAGCACAGCAAUGAAAAGAGAAAAAAAACUUUCUUCUACGUGUGGUUGUUACUUUAUCGAUAUGAACAGAAGGGAUGUUUGGUACGCUCUCGUAUGCAAAGGAGAAUACUCAGGUGUUAUUUCGACUCCUGGUUGGGCAUCUACGCGAAGAAGCAGAUAUAUCUUCUCCUCAUUCGCACGCUCAAUGAACACUUGUUCAGGAAGAUCUUCGCCCACGUGGUGCACAAAUUCAAGUACUACAGUUUUAUUAAGGGAAGGGCGGUCUCCACAAUGAAGAGGUGUCUCCUCGUGCACUACAAUCUAGUUAAGCGAAACGUCACAAUUACAAAGUUGCAGGUUUACAUCUGUGCGUCUGUACGGUUUAACCAAAUGAAACACCUGUUUGGACUUUGGAGUAAAAAGUACAGAAAAAAAAAACUGUGUAGAGAGAGCUACCGCAUCGUUAUGAGAAGGAAGAAACGCGUCUUUUUCCACAAGUGGGUAAAACACUUCGUCGAGAAUAGCAAACUUCAUGAAGAGAAAAUAAAAAAGUGGGACACCUUUUUUGUAAAGAGGUUCUUCUCAAAAUGGAUGACGUAUCACCAUUACAAGAAGGUGAAAAAAAGGAGAAAAAAAAAUACCUUACAAUUUUAUUUUCGUCAUUUGAGGAGAACCUUCCAGAUGAACGUCUCGCUUAGGGAAUACACUAGAAAGGCACAACUUGGAGUGAAGAGAAAAAUGUUUUCCAUCCUGAGGGAGAACAAACAGGUGAGGGUUAACAAGAAAAGAAUAAAUCUGUACUGUGUGCAGUUCUCGGAGAAGACACUCCUACGGAGGUACUACUCGUUGUGGGUUAAUCAGUACUUAUUGUGUAAACAUGUGAAGAACGUUAUAUGCAGGAUGACCUUUGUGAGGAACACACAGUUGCUGAGAGGCUGCUUAAACGGGUGGCUACUACACGCACAGAGGAGGAAACAAUUGCAACAAAUUCACGACGUAAUAAAGUAUGAGAAGAACAACGUAGUGCAAACUGUAUUCUACAGGUGGAGAUGUCUGUACGAAUUUGCCACGCGAAGGAAGAAGCGAUCCAUGCAGAAGUUUUUCCUCAUGUGGAUUCACAAUUUUAAAUUUUGUUACUUCAUAAACAGGUUAAAUGUUUACGUGUGUAACAUUUACACGAGGAACAUCUUCUGCUUCUACUUCGACUUGCGGAACAGGAGUGAGAAGUAUAACCUGCUCGCACGGGGAUCCUUCCCCUUUGUGAAAAAACAAAUAGGUUAUGCGCUCUCCUGCAGAACGGAGUUAUUAUCCUCUGGAUUUAAGGCGUUCAACAUGUAUGCACGGAACUGCAAGGAGAUCAGAUUCAAAUUAGAGACGUGUAGAAAAGCACGGGAACGAAAACUGAAGAAACGCCACUUUGCUCUAUUACUAGCUUAUAAGAAAAAAAAAAAAAAAAAAAUGCACCUACACAAUUUGCUCCUCAAGUAUACCAUAGAGAGGAAGUUCCAAAAAUGCAGGACAAUCUUUUUCAUUCUCACCAAUAUGUUUUUUUAUAACAACCAUUUGCGACUGUGUGAGAAGACCAUUCAGUGCCGCAUACAGAGGAGGACCCUGCUGGACUGCCUAGACAAGUGGACUCGCUUUAAAAAUUAUUCCAAAGAAAAUGAGUACCUCCAAAAUCUGAGCAAUGACUUCCUAACUUUUAGGAGAAAAUCUGAGAGCAUAAUUUCUCUCAAACAUUUCUACGUAGAGCGCAAGUGGAUGAAUUACUGCGAAUAUAAUUCACUGGUUUAUUACAAAAGUGUGCAAGAAAAAAUGGCAGCUCGGGUGGUUACCCACUGGCAUAGACAGUCCCUCCUUGCGCGCCAGUUGGCAGACAAGGGUCACCAAUUCAAGGAAAGACACAAUCGUAAUCUUGUGAAGAAAUUUCUCUUCCUCCUCAUUUUUUCCAUUAACAAAAUUAAAAUAGAAAAAAAAAACUUCGAUAUCGUCCGCUUUAAGAGGGAGAAAAUAAUUAAACAGAGCAUCAUCGGCUUCAUGCGAAGUGCCACCUUGACGUGCUCCAAAAAAUUGGACCUCAUCGAAAGAACUCUAAGACAGAAAAGGGAGGCACACUUGGUUAGGACGUAUUGGCUGCCCUUCCUUCGACUCCUCACAAAAAAGAGGAAUCUCCGCAGAGCCCUCUUCGAUGCCCAACAGAGAAACGACGCUGCCCUCACGAAGAAGUAUUUCUACUCCCUCAUUUUUAAGUACGUCACCAACGUGAACCACUACAAGUACUACUACUAUAAUAAGUAUCUGUCCCUGUGGAAGUACUACGUGGUAAUGGGUGGCACGGGGCAACCGGGGAGGGAGCAGCAGUCACGCAGUGGGGAUAUACACGGAGGAAACUCAGACGAGGAGCUCUCCGAUAAACAAUUUGAUAACCCCUUUGAUGACCCCUCCGACGACAGCAAAUCGGACGACUCCUCCGAAUACACCCUGACCUCCGCACUGGGUCUGCGCAAGGGAGAAGCAAAGGGGGGAAAAGGAGACCUCCAAGAAUUUGCCAACCUGGACUCCAUUAACAGCUCCAUAGCGUCAUCGGAAACGAAGGAGGAAAGCGACACGUCGGACGUUGCCGCAGUGGAAGGAGCGAAGUUGUGA